AUGAAGAUAACACCCACCACUGCAAGUGUUAUAGAAAAUCAUAAGGAGGACCAGAGUAUUGCAUCUUUCUCUGAUGAUGGGUCCUUCUUUGGCACUGGAAAGAAAACAACUUGUUGCUCUUUAAAGACAUUUAUAAUUGUCUCAAUGAUAAUGCUUGUCUUGUUGUGUUCUGUUUCUAUCUAUGUCUCUGUAUUUGUAUUGAUGAAUCAAUCAGUGGAUGAACUAACUGAAAAUGUUCUUGGUUUGCUUGAAGAAAAGAUGAGUGUUUAUAUUGACUCGGUUUUGAACGAAAUGAAAAAUACUGGCAUGACGAUGGCAGAUCACUAUAAUUAUGGAUUGGCUACAACUGAUUACUUUAGAAAAUACUUUUAUACUCCUUUCAAAGUGAGUGGGUUGAGUGCUGGUUAUGCAUUUACAAAUCCUUCAGAAAGAUAUUCCUAUACCAUUAUUGGAAAACAAGGUAAACAGGAAAUUGUCUACUCUUAUCAACCUCCUGGUUUCAUUGGCUCAAUUCGUGAUACCUAUUUGUUGAAUGGUACUCUUCUUGUGUUAAAUGAAACUAUUGAUUAUACUCCUUACAAUGUGGCAAAGAAGGACUUUUACUAUGUUGCUGUGAGUGAAGCAGCUAGAAUUGGGAAGGAGGGAGCUUUCAGUUAUCCUUACAUUGUUACAAACGGAACCUUGUCCAUUUCAUUUGGUGCCAAGGUGUAUGACCAACAAUUAUUCGCUCAAGGAACCAAACAUUUGAAAGGUAUUGCAAGAAUUGUCAAGCCACUUUCUGGUAUUAGUGAUUUUCUUGAGAAGAAGGUCCAAGUCUUCGACCAAGGUUUUGUAAUUAUCAAAGAAAGCUCAAACGACUAUGUAAUAGCUGGCAGUAUCAAUUGUACAACAUUUGAUGAAAAGUCAAGAUUGAGUAUUUUUGAUAUUUCGGCUAGAAAUGCAGGCAAGUUAAUGAAAGAUAUCAAUUCAACUAUUGGUGAUAUCAGUAAGCUACCAAAAGGUACUUCAAUUUCCUCAAAUGGUGUUGAUUAUCUUGUGCGACAUGUUGUUUACGAAUUUGAAAAUAUCAAAUGGGAUAUGUAUGUCAUUGUAGUAACACAAGAUAUUUUGCAAACCACUCACAUUAGUAUUGGUGUUUCGGUUGGUGUUGCCGUUUUGAUUACGCUUAUUGGUAUUGCAUUUUCAGUCGUGCUUUCAAUGAUUAUUUUGAAACCAAUUUCCUAUCUCAGAAACCAAUUUGAAUUUAUCAAAAUCUUCGAGCUUGAGAAUGUCAGACAUUCCAAUUCCAUGUUCAAUGAAUUAAAUCAAGUCUAUACAAGCUUGUCCAUUACAGUUAAGUGGUUAAAAGAAAUUAAGGCCUUUGUUCCUGAAUCAGUAUUCCUCCAAUUACAACAGAAUCAAAACAUUGAGGAAGAACCUAUUGCAGAAAAGAAGCAAGAAGGAACAGAUAUUUCGGUUAGCACUGGGUUGAACAGUAGUUUUAGUGACAGAAAUCGAACAAAUGAUAGUGGUACUCAUCACAAGGGUGGUCUUUUUAAAUUAGGUCUCACACACAAAGAGUGCUCAGUAGUGAAUGUAAGAUUGAGUAACUUGUUGAAAAAUCAUUCUCAUGAAACAGUUUCAAGUAUAUUCCCUAAAAUUUUGACUAGUAUUUCAGAAGCAGCAAAGGUUUUCCAAUGUGAUUAUCAAAUUAUUGCCCUAGAUGAAUACCAAAUAAUAAUAGAAAGCAAGAAGAAAAAGUCCAACUUGGUAGCUCAAGAGUUAGCUCUUAAAAUUAGAAAAGUUAUGGAUCAAAUCAACCAACAACAAGAUCUGAGCGAAACUCAGAUCGAGUGCUUCAUAGGAAUCUCUACUCGCUCUUCUUACGUUGGAAACUUGGGAACUAAAACCUCAAGAGUCUACUCUAUUAUUUCCAAUGCAUGUAAAAUGUCUCAAAGGUUAAGCCAUUUGGCUUCAUUGUACAGAAUAUCCAUCCUUGUCGACGAGCAAACUGCAAAUAAUGAGCACUUUGUUGUCAGACCAGUCGACAGAAUAAUCCCACACAAUUCAGUAUUCUCCUCCAACUCACAUCAGAAAGACACAACCCACGACAAUACUCCACAAACUAUUUACGAAAUUAUCAGAGAAUCCAAAGUUGAAGGUGAUGAAUGGAUGUACGAGUUGGAAAAUAAGAAUCAAAAUCAAAAGAUUCUCCAAUACCACUCUAUUUUCAAUCUCUUCAACAACAAUACAAGUGUAGAGAAUAUACUAUCUGAGCUAAAGGAAAAGAAGGUCUAUUUAGAAACCUAUUUGAUGGAGAAGGGUGAGGAUGUUCCCUCCAAAAAGUUACUUCACCUCAUCAAUACUAUUGAACAGAAUAGAGAUGAAAAGUUUGUUGAGCAUUUACUGAAGGGUUAUCAUACGACAAUCAGAGAAUACUUGGUGGAGAAUUAA